GGCUGUGUGUGGUGUGCUGCUGCUGGCAUGGCAAACAGCAGACACGGUGUCAGCCUCCGCUCAGUUCCGUUUGGUACUUUGCUGUGCGCGUUGUUUCUCGUAGCGAAUUCGUGUUGUGCUGUGUGGCGUUGAGUUGACCAACAGCCGUCGCUGUCGCAGUUGGAAAAAGACACCAACCACAACGCACGUGUGACGCGCACCAAGUGAGACGAGUUACCGUUCGAAAAUAUAUCUAUGCGUACAUAUAAGUGCACACACUUGGGAGUAAAACAACAGCAACAAAAAAGUGGCAAUUACAGCAGUUUUUUUCCUUUGUGACUGCCAAAGACAAGUGAAUUAGUUAUUGCAGCAGUGCAAGCAAUAAAAGACGGAAUUUUUUUGGAGAAAAAAAUAAAGAAACUGUUGGAUAAAGUGACGAUUUUUGUAAAUACUGAUUUGAGUCAGUUCCCCAGUGCAAUUUGAUAGAUAUUUAAAAGCAAAAAACUCUGAAAAUAAAUAUGACAAGAAAAAACUGAAAAGUGAAUAAUAAAAACAAAAAAAACAACUCAAGUUGUUGAACACACCAACAAACAAAUAAUAAUAGUAAACAAACGAAUAGUGCUUAAAAAACUCACAAAACAACAACGCACCUAAACAGUUACACGCGCAACAAAUUUGCCGACGGCAAAAAUGCAAGCAACGAAAAUGCGCACCCCCUUCGCCAUACAGGAGAUACUCGGUUUGGGUGUAGGCUCGGCAGCUGCUGCUGCUGCCGCCAACUACCAGCAGGCGCAGCAACUCAGCCAACAGCAGCAGCAGGCGCAGCAACAACAACAGCUGCAGCACAGUCAGCAGCAGCAGCAACCAUUGCAGUUGCAACAACAACAACAAUCACCUACUUCACAAACUCAGCAGCAGCGGCAUAACAGCACCACAUCCAACUGCUCACCACCACCACCCGCCGCUACACCCAACGCCAGCGAAUGCAAUAAUGCACCACUCUCACCUGCCUCCUCACACGGUCGCCCGACACGCGAUUCCCGUUCCAUAUCGCCCGAUGUGACGCGCCUCUCGGCAGCGGCUGCUGCGGCGGCCGCUACAGCGCACUGUCAACUGCCGAUUUUCAAUCCAGCGAACUUUUACGCCGCAGCCGGUUAUGCAGAUCAUGCGGGGCAACUGAAUGCGGCACAUCAUCAUCACAUGACGACGUUGGCAGCAGCGGCGUACUUGCGUGGCUUUUUGCCGCCGGGCUUUAGCACGCCACACGAGUUUCGCGGACACUUUCAGCAACAUUUUGGCAGCCAAUUUGCGGAACAAGCCGCACGCGGUGCCCAAGACUACACGAAUAACCUAAACAACAAUAACAACAACAACGAUGAUGCACACUCGCCUAGCAAAGCGAAUUCAAGUAACGGUUCUAACGGCAGCAGCAUCUCACAUAUGUCCACAACGAAUGGCAGCAACAGCUUGACAAGCACAUCCUCCUCAAACCACAAUGGCAAUACAAAUAAUAGUAAUAACAACAACACUUCGCCUUCUACACGGCCUACACUGUCACCCGCCGAACAUGCCGCUGCCGCUUUAGCGCAUCAUGCAGCCGCCGCUGCUGCGGCACACCAUGCGCACUCACAUCAUCAACAUGGCGGCCUACAACAUCAUGCUGCAGCGCACCAUGCACACACGCACGCCCAUCAUGGCCAUCAUCAUGCGGCAGCAGCAGCAGCACAUCAUCAUGCACACCACCAUCAUCCACAUGCGCAUCACCCGCACGCCCAUCAUCCCGGCGCCACCACACAUGAGGCAUUUCUUAAUGGCGCAGCUGCGGCGGCGGCGGCAGCAGCUGCCAUCGGAAGUGGUAUGGCCGGUGCCGGAAGUGUUGUGGGCGCACCUAACGGUCUGCUCGGACACGGCGGUGAUCCUAGCGCGUUGCUGGGCGGUGGCGGUCCUGGUGGUGUGGGCGGUUUGAGUAGUAAAAAGAAGAAUAAACGUCGUCACGGACGUACAAUAUUUACGAGCAAUCAAUUGGAGGAGUUGGAAAAGGCUUUCAAGGAGGCACACUAUCCGGAUGUGAGCGCACGUGAAUUGCUCUCGAUGAAGACGGGCUUGGCUGAGGAUCGCAUACAGGUUUGGUUCCAAAACCGACGUGCCAAAUGGCGAAAAACAGAAAAAUGUUGGGGUCAUAGCACGAAAAUGGCCGAAUAUGGACUCUACGGCGCCAUGGUGCGACACUCGCUGCCACUACCCGAAACCAUACUCAAAUCAGCUAAAGACGACGAGUCAGUGGCACCCUGGCUACUGGGCAUGCAUAAGAAAUCACUCGAAGCUGCCGAUAUACUGAAAUCGGAUGAGAGUGAUCGCGAAACACCCACCUCAGACGACACGAAUACCUCCUACUCCGCGGGCAGUACACACAAUUCACCGAUCUCUUCUUUCUCCAUAUCACGCCUGCUCUUCGACGCACCAUCCAAACACAAACGACACCACGAAGUGGGGAGCAGCGGUGUACUUGGCGGCGGCAUGGAUCUAGCCAAUGGCGCUAUGAGCGGUUUAGCUGAGCAAGCACAUGCACAGGCGCAUGCGCACGUAAUGCAACAUCAUCCCUACAAUCAACAACAACACUUGCAACAUGUACAACAUCUGCAGCAAUUGCAUCAACAACAAUUGGCCGAACAGCAUGCCGAGGCGCAACGACGACAACAGGCGGCACAUCAACAUCAGCAACAAUUGUUGGCGGCGGAAGCGGAAAUGCAACGUAGACGACAGGAGGCGCUCGAACUGCGUGAACGGGAGCGUGAUGCGGAGGCGGAUGAGGAACCCAUGUGUGAUGAUGAUGACGACGAUUGUGAUAGAGAAGAGAUCGACAUCUGUGACGAUGUGGACGAUGAUAAGGAUAUGAAAAUGCUGUUGAGCGCUGAGAGUGCGGCGAAACGUAUCAAGCAGGAGAACAGCACGUCAAUGGCGUUAGAGAGUAGAUGAAAUAUGUGUAUUGAUGUGCUGUUGUAAGGGGACCAAAUAGUAUAACUGCAGGCAGGAGGUAUAAGAAUCAUGGGAAAAAUGUAAAAUUUUGAGGUUAAUUGACAAACUCACACACGCUUAAUUAUAUUUUUCUCACUUAAAUCUAAGAAAUUUAAAUCAAAAGCGCACAAUUGGAGCACUCAGUUAAAAAGUAUAAUUUUUUAUAAAAUUGCUGUUGAGAGAAUAUAAUAAUUUAUAAUAUUGAUCGAAUAA